AUGCUACCGUUGUGGAAACAAAUGAUGUUGUUGAUGUGGAAAAGCACUCUGAUUAGAAAGAGACAGAAAAUCUGGUUGGCUGUUGAAUUAUUACUACCAGUUCUUCUAUUUGGUAUUCUUGCAUUAGUGAGGACGAGAAAUUUCACGGAGGCAUAUUCAACAUGUCAUUAUGAUGCUAAGGCUUUUCCAUCCGCUGGAUUAAUGCCUUUUCUUCAGAGUUACUUGUGCUCUUUUACAAAUCCUUGUUAUAAAACUCCAACAACAGGUGACGAUACCGCUAAAAUUAAUAGCGAAGCGCGCAAACAAUCGCUCAUUGUUACGAUUGCUAGAACAAUAGCAGAAAUUUAUGUUGCGAUAGGUUCGGAACCGAUCAAAUGGGCUAACUUAUCGGAUUCGAUCAUCUCGCUUAUUGAUAUAUUCGCUCAUUUCACGUCACAUGCCUUUCAAAAACCUAUUCCUCUGGUUGCAUUUUUCAAUUCCGCUGAUGACGCUGUCAAAUUUUUCAAAUCAACUUUAAAUACCAGCGAUGAAUUAUCUGUCAAUUUAAGUCUUGUCCAAAUUACACCAUUUUAUGUUUUGGAAAUCAUUAAAGAGAUUUCAAUCUUAACAGGCAAUAAAAGAUUCACUUCGAUGAAAAUCAAUUUGUUGUGUAAUUUGAUGCAUCGUACAAUAAAUUCAGUCCAUCUGGAGGAUAUAUUUAACUCAAAUUUGUUGUGCGAACAGCUUGAAAGUGAAAUAUUGCAAUAUCUUAUGCAACGUAAUGCCAACGAAACAAAUGCAAUGAUAAUAAAAGUUUUAUACAAUUGGCUUAAAUUUGCGUCAAUAAACAAUAUGGGUAUCAAAUACGAGGAACUGCUGAAAAUAUUCAACACAUUAUAUAGUUUUCGGAAUGAUCAAGUGAUCAAAAAGUUCACUUCAAUCCUAUCAAUGAUUGAUUUUAGUAAUCACACUUCAAUAAUAAAUGCGAUACAUUGUGGAAAUAACCCUUAUGAUCAAAGUUGGUAUGAGGGGAAAUCCAUUCCUGCCACAACAGCAACAGCUGCAUACAACGCUGACAAAGAUGAAAUAUAUAAUUUCUUGCGUCGUAUGACACCUCAACAUGCUGAAUGGCAUGAUAAGAAGAAGCAGUUUUGUGGUAUCAUUCCGAUUCAUUCAGAUAACUGUUCAUUCCUCGGAGAUGCGGCUUUGUCACAAUUAAUGCCGUUGAUCAAUGGUUACAUUUUAUUGGCUCCUGCUUCUCCUGUUAUUAAUGCAUUUGCUGAAAAGAUGUCGGAAUCAUUUCGAUGGACCAGUUUACUGCGCAGUUCAAUUAUUAAUUUCAAUCGCCUCGCACCACCUUUACAGGAUGCUUUAUUUGAAAGCAAACUUCGUCCAGCCUCUCAAAACAUUAUAAAACUUCUGAAGCUGCUAGGGAAGUCGGAUAUUUUAAAUAGUGAUUUGGUAGCAUCUCUCGCGUCAACAUUAUCGGAUAUGUUCAAUAUUUCAUCUCAUCCAUCAUCCUUGCUUAUGCGCUUUAGAUUCAUAACGCUUAAAUUGGAAGAGAUUUUUCAGUGCUUUUUAUUGGAUCGUUUUAUUGUUGUUUCCAAUGAGGAGGAAAUGAUCGAUCGUGCUUUGUGUUUAAUGGAUUACAAGCAAUACAUGGCUGGAAUUGUUUUCCUUCAUAUCAAUGAAACUUCUACAAACUUUCCACCCGUAAUGACUUACAAAAUUCGCUAUCCACCUAAUUAUAUUGAUUCAACAAAAGAAUUAAUGGAUUCUCGUGGUCGUCAGACAUCACGUGAUAAUUAUUUGAUUGAUUUAAAAUAUCACACAUUUGGAUUUAGUUUUCUUCAAGAAGCUGUUGAUAAAAUUUUCAUUGAAAAUGCUACUGGACAAAAUUAUUUGACGGGUUUGUUCGCGCAACAAGAACCAUAUCAAUGUGUUAAGAUUGAUAAAUUCUAUGUGCUGAAUUUUUUGGGAAUGUUUGUUAUUCUGUCGUGGAUGUUACCCUCAGCAUUACUUGUCAAAAAUAUUGUUUAUGAGAAAGAGGCUCGAUUGAAGGAAAUGAUGAGAAUUAUGGGUCUUGGUGAUUCGAUUCAUUGGAUUUCCUGGAGUUUCCAUUCUUUCAUAAUUAUUUUCAUUUCAAAUAUCUUCAUUUGUAUUUUGCUUAAGUACGGAAAACUUUUGCCAACAACAAAUUUCUUAGCUCUGAUAAUUUAUUUCACAUUCUUCUCAAUAGCUUGUAUUGCACAAUGUGUCUUCAUUUCAACAUUAUUUUCUCGAACAAAUAUAGCAUCAGCUAGUGCUGCUGGCUUAUUUUUUCUUUUGUUCUUUCCGUAUCAAAUAUCUUUCCGGACCCAAUCAUCAAUUUUUAUAACAAUUACAUUAAUUUUUCCUCAAACUGCAGUAGCAUAUGGUUUGGAAAUGAUCUAUCUAGCAGAUAACAAUUAUAUCACUGAUUGGUCAUCGCUUUUUUCCAUUCAUGUCACCGGAUUACCCAUUACUUUAUCGACAGUACUAACAGCACUUGCAUUGGAUACAUUUCUCUAUAUUUUUUUGGCUUGGUAUAUCAAUAUUGUUUUUCCGGGUGCUUAUGGUAUUCCACAACCAUUUUAUUUUUUCAUCACUACACGGUACUGGUUAGGUGAUGAUUAUGUAAUGCGAUCUGUAUCAUAUGCCGAUUCUAAACCUCUUAUCGAAGCAUCAGAUAAUUAUGAGCAGGAACCGAUUGAUUUGAAGCUUACGGUUGACAUUUGUAAUCUUGUCAAAAUCUAUGGGAGUGGAACCAAAGCGUUAGACGGGUUGAAUAUGCGAUUCUAUGAAUCACAGAUAACCGCUCUACUUGGACAUAAUGGCGCCGGAAAAACAACAGCUAUUUCAAUUUUAACUGGUUUAUCACAGCCAACAUCAGGUGCAGUAUUUGUUUAUGGUUUAAAUAUUCGAAAGCAUAUGAGUAUCAUACGUAGUCUCAUUGGUGUAUGUCCACAGUAUAACACACUCUUCGAUAAAUUGACUGUCACUGAACAAUUGAAAUUUUAUGGUACUUUAAAAGGCAUUCCAAGUGAUCAACUUAAUGAUGAAGUCUACAAUACCAUAGAGAAUCUUGGCCUAAGCGCUUCAAGAAAUAAACUUGCUGUCUAUCUUUCAGGUGGGAUGAAGCGUAAGUUAUGCAUUGGUAUUGCUUUAAUUGGUGGUUCAAAGUUGGUAAUUCUUGAUGAACCUACGGCAGGUGUGGAUGCACAUGCACGGCGUUCUAUUUGGGAUAUACUGAUUAGAAACAAAAAAGGACGUACAAUAAUCUUAUCAACGCAUCAUAUGGAUGAAGCAGACUUGUUAGCUGAUCGUAUUGCUAUUGUAUCAGAGGGGCAACUUCAGGUUGCAGGCUCACCAUUAUUUUUUAAAAGGAAAUUUGGAAAUGGCCUAUAUUUGAAUAUUUCAAAAACAUCGAGUAGUGCAGAAGUAUUUGGAAGUUCUGUGGAAAAUUUUUUGAUGAAACAGACUGAUGGAAAAUGUGUAGUUGUGGAACAGUAUGAAAAUGAAGAAUUGUACCGCUUGCCUAUCAAUUUAACUGCCUAUGAAUUAAAAGAGUUGUUUGAAAAAAUUGAAAAAGCGAAACAUGAAUUAGAUAUUUCAAAUUACAGUAUCACCUCUCCAACACUUCGACAGAUUUUUAUGCAAUUAGCGCCAGCUGAACAAGCAUCUCUGAAAAAGAGUUACGAUGGAAGUUGUUGUCCCAACCUUGCAAAGAAAUUUCGUGGCCUUCUAUGUUCUAUCGACAAAAACUUCCUGGAUAAUUCUAGAAAUUUAUUACUUCCAAUAUCUGUAACAGGUUAUGAGCAUCCAGCCGUGGAAUAUGUGCACAGUGAAAAUCUUUUACGAAAGCAACAUUUUAGAACCCUUAUCAAUAAACGUUUGAAUGAAUCCAGGCGGAGCAUUAUAGUUAUAAUCGUUCAGUUUUUGUUACCAAUCUUUUUGGUAUUUGGAGCCGAAAUGUACAGUAAACUUAGUAAACAUUAUUCAAGCUAUAAGCCAGAAACAACAUCUCCUUUGGAACUGAUUAGCGGAAUUUAUGGAAAUUGGACAUUAAGUUAUUUCAGCCUGGAAAAUCAAAAUAAAGCUACAAAAGGCAAAAAUUAUCUAAAAGCUAUGACAACAUUUCCCGGGACUGAUGUUCGAUGCGUUAAUCAUAGUCCUCUCAGUCCAGCUUUGGAUGGAACAAUCUAUCCUUGCUACAUCAAUGCCACUUUCUUGACAAAUCUCAGUUUGCCAUCAAAAUCAGCUCCUUUUAACGUCCCACAAAAAUGCGGUUGUGAUUCAUCGGGUUGGAACUGUACAACAGCAAAUGAUUUUAAUUAUGAAUUAACUAAUAUAAUACUUCCAACUGCUAAUAUAAUCUAUGACGUUACUUAUCACAAUAUUUCACAGUUUCGAUUACUCACUUCUGAUUUGGCUUUCAAAAAUCAGUUUUUCAUUGGCGGUUGGCAAUUUGCGCAGUUCAGCGUAGUUGCCUUAAAUGAUGCGGAAAAGUUAUGUGCGCAAAUUGGUUGGCAUGAUUCAUUGAAUUAUAUGAAAAAAGCAUUAAAAGUAUGGAACAUCGACUGGCAGCAUGCUGUAUCCAAUGUAAGCUUUCUUGAGGAUCCAUUCAAACCUCGGAAUAAGACUUUCGAGGAUUUUAUUGCUAUUUUAAUUGCAAAUUUUGACAGGGAAGAGAACACCAAGAUAUGGUUCAACAAUAAAUUAUGGCAUUCAUUGCCUAUUUCCAUCAAUGCUUAUCAUAAUGCAAUUUUACGCUCUCAUAGUUCAUUAGAUCCUGCAAAUAUUGGAAUUCUCACUUAUUCACAUCCAAUGAAUUAUAGUUUAUCGUCAUAUAUUGAUGGUAUUCCAUUGAUCAGGAUUAUGUAUUUCCGAAUAAUUUUAUUACUAUUAGCUGUUUCACUUGCUACUGCAUGCUUUUGCUUGCCACUUGUUGAAGAACGUGUAUCCCUUAGCAAACAUUUACAAAUGAUCUCGGGCCUUACGCCUUUUAUCUAUUGGCUUGCCAAUUCUUUCUUUGAUACUAUAGCAUAUUUAAUAGUUGCUGCUAUUAUUGUUAUUUCAUAUAACAUUAUGGAGGUGGAUCAUUUUAUUAUCAGUCCUUUUUAUUCCGCUUCACUUUUUUUCCUACUAUUUUGUUCUGGAUUGUCACUAAUUUCUCUUACCUAUUUGUGUCAGACACGAUUCAGUCUACCAUCACUGGCAUACAUUGUUAUUGGUGUUGGAUUCUUUUUCAUCGGAGCAAACUGCACUACUAUAGUGAUCUUCUUGGAGUAUCAACUGUUGAAGGAUGAAGCAUUAAUAAUGGCCUAUAAAAUUUGUAGUAUAUUAUUUAUGAUACUUCCUCAUUAUAACCUUGGAAUGGCUGCUUACCGAUUGAGUUUCCUUGGUGUCUUGCGAAUGCGAAGUGAACUGUAUCUUAAAGAUAUAAAUCGAGAAGAUCAAAUUAAACAUUUACCAUUACCCAAUCCGCUUGAAUGGCAUUUAAUGGGAAAGCAUUUGUUGGCACUUAUUAUAGAAAUUUGUUUCUAUGUUCUGGUUUUACUCUUAACUGAAUAUCGCCAUCCUCUGAGCUCAUGGAUAAGGCAUCGAGAAUUUGUGCGAACAAUGCAAUUGGUUGCUAGCACAGAAGAGUUUGAACUUGAUGAAGAUGUUGAAGUAGAACGUGUACGGGUGAAUGCGUUAAGUUCAGAACCAAAUGACGAUCACAGACUGAUUGUUAAUGGUAUAUCGAAGUCCUAUGAUGGAAAAACAUUAGCAGUUCAUAAUGUUUCAUUCGCAGUCGAAAGUGGUGAAUGUUUCGGAUUAUUAGGUGUGAAUGGAGCCGGUAAAACUGCUAUGUUCCGCAUAUUGACUGGACAAGUAUCAAGUGGUGCUGGAGAUGUACUUAUUAACAGUAAAAGUAUUCAAUGUAAGAAUUCAAGUAGUUUGGGGAGUUAUGGCUAUUGUCCACAAUUUGAUGCGUUAAAUUCAAAAUUAACAGCAAGAGAACAUCUUCGUUAUUAUUCGCUUCUUCGUGGUAUUAAAAAGGAUAAUGUGGAUAUGGUGGUGAAUUGGGCACUGAAUGAGUUGCAACUGAAUCCCUAUGCGGAUGAGAUUGCUUCAAAUUAUUCGGGUGGUAAUAAGCGCAAAUUAUCGGUUGCUAUUGCUCUGAUUGCCGAUCCGCCAUUAUUAUUGCUUGAUGAGCCGAGCGCCGGAAUGGAUCCGUUAGCACAGCGUUUCAUGUGGAAUGUUUUAUUAGCGCUACGAAAGAAUAAGCGUGCAAUGGUGAUAACAUCACACAGCAUGGAGGAAUGUGAAAUACUUUGCAAUCGAGUGGCAAUAAUGAAUCAUGGACAGUUUCGUUGUGUUGGAUCUGUUCAACAUCUGAAACAUAGAUUUGAUAAAGGAUAUACAUUAACAAUUAGAUUAUCAACGAAUAAAAGUAUCAGUGAAAUUCAAAGUUCCAUGGAGAUCCUUCUACCUGCUGCACGAUUGGAAGCUGUACAUUUCCUUACUAUGUUUUAUCAGAUUCCGAAUGUAUCUUGUACAAUUGCAGAUGUAUAUGAUGUGAUAUGCAAGAUGCAGGAAACCAUACAAAUUGAUGAUUAUUCACUGUCACAAGCAACAUUGGAUGACAUGUUUGUUUCAUUUGCCAGCGCUUCGUCCGAUAAAACUGGCGGUGAUUGA